GUAAUAACACAUCAUGAUGUUCAAGCUGACUAUUGUGAUUCUUCUUGUCCUCUCCGUCCAAGGGGGAAAAGCUGAGAGAAAGCUGUCAAAGGAGCUUGCAGCAGAUCCACAAGUAACUGACGCACCACCAACUGUACCACCACCACCUACAACACCAAAACCUACACAACCAGAAAUCUGUGCAGACGUUUGGUCAGGGCAUAAAUGUCUUAAUCUUCACGGAUCUGGAUGGUGUUACAAGAACCCCGAGCUGAUGAAAAGCUACUGUAAGAAAACCUGCAAUGCAUGCAACGGUUCAGGGAACUGCAAUGACUUAAACUUGCACUGUUCGUUCUGGGCAAGCAGGGGAGCUUGUCAAAACAAUCUUGCAGUCAUGCAGAGAAUCUGUAGGAAGAGCUGCAAGUUAUGUUAAAUAAGGAAAUUGGCCCAAACUAAUAGACCGACGACGAAUUUGGAUGAUUUCUAAAUUUCAACUCCAGACGUCCAAUGCAGAUACCCUACUGGGAUUAAUACGGGUGUUGGGUGUUGGGAAAAUCGUUAAAACUCAUUCAAACUAUAUAAACCGGAUUUUGUUGUUUCACUAUGGUACAGAAUUAUCAGUUCUAAUAAAAGUGGAAAUCAACUCGUUCUCA